CUCGCGAGAGUAGACUUUCCACUCUCGUGGCUUCUUCUUGGUUCUCCCGGUCAGCACCGGCUCAUGGCCAAGGAAUCGCCAAGGGUAGCACUCACUGCAGCCUCUUUCUUCGCCUUACUUCUCCCUCUGCUCUACCUCGCGUUUUUCCGGUCAGAUACUUGGUCAAUUGAUUCAUGGAGGCAGCAAUUAACAGAUCGGUUCAGUGCGAAUACCAACAACCACGACGAAGACAAAGGCCCACAAGCACAAGACAUAAAGGAGGAGAAUCCUCUGAAGCUUCAUCUAAGAAGACUCGUACGAGGAAAAAAUCUAAUGGAGCUUGAAACCACCGGCUACUCAUGCGAAUCUGAUAUACACUCCGAUGUGUGUGUCGCCGACCAACAAGUGAAGAUCGACAUGCGUUCCUUAACAAUUUAUCUGUCGUCCAAACAAAUUCCACCGGAUGCGCCGCUCAGGGUUCGGCCCUACCCCAAGAAGGAAGACGAGAACAACAUGAGAAUUGUUACUCCGGUGGAGAUAAAGAUCCCAAACAGCACAUUUAUCCCACCAGCCUGUGAUGUUACCCACGACGUCCCUGCCGUUAUAUUCGCCACCACUUACACCGGCAACAUCUACCAUGAAUUCAACGAGAUCGCCAUCCCACUUUUCCUUACAUGCCGCCACUUUCAGUCGCGCAUAAGGUUCAUCGUGACUGAUUUCAAUGCCUGGUGGGUCACUAGAUUCGACUCACUUCUCUCAGGCUUAUCGAGUUAUGGGAUCAUCAAUCCGGCCGACGACGGCAGGGUGCACUGCUUUCCUGCAGCUGUUGUUGGGCUCAAGUACCAUGACACCCUCUAUUGCAAUACCAGCAGAAUUCCGGGUGGAUACUCUACGCUAGACUUCAAGCAGUUCCUUCGAGAAUCGUUCAACUUGAGAGUAAAGCAUGAGUCUGAGAUACCAGAGCUAAAUCUGGUCCUUAUUUCACGCAAAAGAACGAGAAUGUUCGUGAAUGAAGAAGAUCUGGUAAGGGUGGCAGAAGGAUUGGGGUACCAUGUGACUAGAGCUUCGCCUGAACAUAUGGCGAAUUUACGAAAGUUUUCUGGGGUAUUAAACAGAUGCAAUGUUCUUGUGGGGGCUCACGGGGCAGGACUGACAAACAUGGUGUUCUUGCCGGAGGGAGCUGUGGUGGUGCAGGUGGUGGGAUGGGGUCUGGAAUGGGCUUCUGAAGCCUACUAUGGUGGGCCGUCCCAUAAAAUGGGUAUAUAUUACUUGGAGUACAAGAUCGAUCCAGACGAGACCACGUUGAUUGAUGUAUACGGUCGAGAUCACCCAGUCAUCACGGAUCCAUGGUCUAUACAUAGGCAAGGCUACAACGUGAGCAGGGCAGUGUACAUAGAUGGGCAGAAUUUCAGGAUUAAUGUAGAUAAGUUUAGAAAGACCCUUGAAGAAGCACUAAAACUUGUUGGACGCUCAGCUUCUCCUUCUCCACCUUAAGCUGCCCACCAUGGAACCUACCUUUGUCACACUAUUAAUCUGGCCUAAAAGCUAAAACUGGCCAGCAUUCAAAUAAAAUGAAAUUCUUUCA